CCUGUCCCCCGGCGGCUGCGACGGUGGCGGUGGGGGGGAGGUGUCCAUAUAAGGCGGGUCGGCGGCCCCUGGCCCUUGCAGGCGCGCAGGCACGGGAGCCCGCGUCCCGACGGCUGGGCGCAGCGACAUGGAUCCGCCCGCCGCCUUCUCGGGCUUCCCGGCGCUGCCCUCGGUCGCGCCGUCGGGGCCGCCGCCGUCGCCGCUGGCCGGCGCAGAGCCGGGACGGGAGCCCGAGGAGGCGGCUGCGGGCCGCGGGGAGGCGGAGCCGGGCCCCGCGCCGGGCCCAGGGCGGCGGCGGCGGCGGCCCCUGCAGCGCGGGAAGCCGCCCUACUCGUACAUCGCGCUCAUUGCCAUGGCGCUGGCGCACGCCCCGGGCCGCCGCCUCACGCUGGCCGCCAUCUACCGCUUCAUCACCGAGCGCUUCGCCUUCUACCGCGACAGCCCGCGCAAGUGGCAGAACAGCAUCCGCCACAACCUCACGCUCAACGACUGCUUCGUCAAGGUGCCGCGCGAGCCGGGCAACCCGGGCAAGGGCAACUACUGGACGCUCGACCCCGCGGCCGCCGACAUGUUCGACAACGGCAGCUUCCUGCGGCGCCGCAAGCGCUUCAAGCGCGCCGAGCUGCCCGCGCCCGCGCCCGCGCCGCCGGGGCCGCCGCUGCCCUUCCCCUACGCGCCCUACGCGCCCGCGCCGGGUCCCGGGCUGCUGGCGCCACCGCCCCCGGCCGCCCCGGGCCCCGCGCCGCCCGCGCGCCUCUUCAGCGUCGACAGCCUGGUGAGCCUGCAGCCGGAGCUGGCCGCGCCCGACGCCGCCGCCGCCGCCUUCCCGCCCUGCGCCGCCGCCUCCCCGCCGCUCUACUCGCAGGCGCCCGACCGCCUGGGGCUGCCCCCGACGCGCCCCGGCCCGGGCCCGCUGCCCGCCGAGCCCCUCCUGGCUUUGGCCGGGCCGGCAGGUGCGCUGGGCCCGCUCAGCCCCGGGGAGGCGUACCUCAGGCAGCCGGGCUUCGCGCCGGGGCUGGAGCGCUACCUGUGAGCCUUCGCCAGGACUCCACCUCCCCCCAGGACCGGACGCUGCCAUCGCCGCCUUCCCCACGCCGGCUUGGAGCCCACCUCCCAGUCCCCAGUCUAGCUCGAGCGCACCCACUAAGACCUCGUCCGUGCCCACCCCUGGGAAGACGGUCACCCUCGCAUCACGUGCCCCAAACGACCCCGUGAUGUGGGAGCCCCCGGUGGCUGUCCCACGCCCUCCCCUCGCGAGCCCUCAUCUCUGCACUCCCACGUGGCUGUCCACGGGUCCCACCGCCUCGGAGCUGGGCCACGGCCAGGGAGCCCCAGCCCCGGGUUUCCCGGCGAGUGCCCAGCGCCUGGGAGCCACACCUUCGCUCGGAAGCCCUGUGCUCUACGACUCUGCUUCACCCAGCUCCUCUCAUCCUCCCACGGCCUUACCUGCCUCCCCACGAGUUUGUCCUGUUUCUUGCUUGGAGCACCCGCCCCUUCCAACACCUGGCUGCCCUGGUGCCCCCCACCCCAGCUGAGGAGAUGGCUGAGACGCGCAGCGCCAGGGGCUCCCUGACUAAAUGGAGUGUUGGGGGGGAUUUAUGUCUGCCUGCUCCCCCCCUACACCCCCGGAAAACGUAGGCCUUAUUGGGUUAUUAUUUUUUAAUUAACACUGGUUUAAUUAAAAAGAAAGAAACCUUUCUCUGG